CACCUCUCCAUUACAUCUUAGUUUCCAAGGCGACAGGCAGGGCCUUUCUCCUGAAAGGCACCGCAUCAUCACCAUCCAUCCACCCAGGGCUGGUCGAGAGGCAGCAGUAGCAGGCAGCAAGCAGCAGCCCCGCAGUGGGUCACAUCAGGCACCUCCCUCCCCCUCUCUCUCUUGCCUCAUGUCGCGCUGCAAGUCUCCGCCAACACUCAGGAAAAGGAAAAUGGAGUAAGAAGAGAAGAGGAAUGUGGUAGCUGAUUGAGAACGGAUCUAGCUGUAGGAUCUAGCUGUUAUUCACCAUGAUCGCUGCUGUGUCUCCCAUGGCCUGUGAGGCUAUCUCGCCCAUGAUCACCUCCGUCACGCCCACCCUGGAGUCCAGCCCUAAGGAGGAGGAGGAGGCAGGCCUCAGCCCCAGCCAGGGUGGUCUCUGUGGGGAAGGUCUGGCCCAGGAGAGGGACCCGGCCCAGAGGUAUCAGAACAAAAAGCCCCCUCCCCUGCACACGGGGGCGGACUGGAAGGUGGUGCUGCACCUGCCUGAGAUCGAGACGUGGCUGAGGGCCACUACUGAGAGGGUCCGGGACCUCACAUACUCUGUCCACCAGGACUCAGUCAACAAACACGUGGACGUGCAUCUAGUGCAGCUGAAGGACAUUUGCGAGGACAUCUCGGACCAUGUAGAGCAGAUCCACGCGUUGCUGGAGACCGAGUUCUCUCUGAAGCUGCUGUCCUACUCUGUGAACAUCAUCGUGGACAUCCGCUGUGUCCAGCUGCUGUGGCACCAGCUCCGUGUCUCUGUCCUGGUACUGAAGGAGAGGCUGCUGCAGGGCCUCCAGGACUCCAACGGAAACUACACCCGACAGACAGACAUCCUCCAGGCCUUCUCCCAGGACCACGACCAGACUCGCCUGGAUGCUCUGACUGAAGUGGACGACUGUGGCCAGCUGACCAUUAAGUGCAGUCAGGACUACUUCUCCCUGGACUGUGGCAUCACAGCCUACGAGCUCAGCGACUACAGCCCCAGUGAGGACCAGGAGGGUACCAGGGGACCAGGCCAGGAUCCCCGGUGUAGCUACCCCGGGCUGGAGAGAGACUUCCCAGAGCUCAUCCAGAGUGUGGAUCUGCUGACCAUCACGGUCAAGCAGAACCAGAACCAAGGGGUCGUCCCAGAGCAGGAGGAGGAGGAGCCAGGGACCUCCAUAGAGAGACUGAAAGACACACUCUGUAGCGGAGGAGAGGACAACAAUCCUGCACCAGGAACCACAAUGCACUGCGGCACGCCCCAGAACGAGAGCACUCUGCUCUCCAAGCGCCCACUCCAGGGCAGCGUGAGUAACGAGGUGUCCCCCACCCGGCCCUCCCUGCCGAAGAAGCCCAUGUACCUGGAGGGAGAAGCUGAGACCAGCCUCAGCCUGAGGAGAUCCACACUGCCUUCCUCUCUUCAGUUCCAGGCAGACCUGAGCCGGAGCACCCCCUCCCUCCUGGACCCUCCAGAUCGCUCCAAGUUCUGGCUGGAGCUGGACGCUGUGUACCCCAGCAACGCCAGUCAGUCCUACAACAGCCUGCAUGCAAUGAAUGACAGGAACCUGCAGGCCAGCAGACAGAGCGAGGCGGGACGGUACCAGAGACAGGGGGGCCCUGCUGGAGCUCACAUCCCCCUGCAGAGGAGCUCCUCAGAGGCAGGGCGGGGAGGCCAUUUCCCCCAAGACAUCUCCCCCAUCCCCAUCCCCUUCUCAGGCACUGGAGAAUGCAACAGGGACAUGGAUGAUCCACAGACAGUCAGAGACACAAACAGCCCCUUACUUUCUCACAUGAGGGGACCCUUGGACCACGAAUCCCAUGACGAGGCCUCCAGCGAGGACUCCAGUCCCCUCAAAAAAGCAGCAGACUGGAUCAACCAGCGCCAGGGGCCCCGGGGGCCCAAGCGGCACCUCCAAGCCCAAGCCUUAGCCGAGGCUAGCCCUAACCCCAGCGAGGAGCGAUGGUUUGGGUCAGAUGAGUUCUUGGCUCUGCCCGCCCAGCUGAAGAAGACAGAGAUGCUGGCUAUGAAGCUGGAGACCCUGGCCAAAGCGCUGCCCCAGAGACCCGGCCACCGAGGACACCACGAGUCCAUUCAGGAUGUGGACGACUGGGAGCUGACUGAGGUCAACUCAGACUGGGAGGGCGAGGGCCCGGGCAGCCCCAACCUCCAACAGCCCUACAAGAGGCCCUUCCGGGUGGGGAUGGGGCAUUUCUCACCCACCUCGUCCAGCGACAUGGCUCCGUCCCUGGAUGAGAGCCUUGAGUCGGGCCCCCUCAGUGACCUACUGUCUGAGGACGAGGCCUGGAGCUCCGGGGAGAGUAGGAUGAGAGACAACAACAGGGGCUGGAGCUCCGGGGAGACCAGAGGGAGCUCUACUGGCUCCAGAAGGGGAGACAGCAACAGGUUACUGCUGCAGCCCACCACCACUUCCAUGGCCCCCCACAUAGAGACACAGUGUAAACCCCUCAUCCAACAGCUGCAGGAUGACAUCCAGCACCACGACAACCACCCAGACAUAUGGGGCAAGAUAGAGGUAAGGAGAGACACAGCCUCUGUCACACACACCUGCCAGGACCCAGCCUCAUCCUGCCUCAGACCCAGCCUCAUCCUGCCUCAGACCCAUACCCAUCCUUCCUCAGCCCUAGCCUCAUCCUGCCUCAGACCCAGCCUCAUCCUGCCUCAGAUCCAGCCCCAUCCUGCCUCAGACCCAGCCCCAUCCUUCCUCAGACCCAGCGCCAUCCUGCCUCAGACCCAGCCCCAUCCUGCCUCAGACCCAGCGCCAUCCUGCCUCAGACCCAGCCCCAUCCUGCCUCAGACCCAGCCCCAUCCUGCCUCAGACCCAGCCCCAUCCUGCCUCAGACCCAGCCCCAUCCUGCCUCAGACCCAGCCCCAUCCUGCCUCUGACCCAGCCCCAUCCUGCCUCAGACCCAGCCCCAUCCUGCCUCAGACCCAGCCCCAUCCUGCCUCUGACCCAGCCAUCCACAACCACAUCAAAGCCUGUCUAAGAAAGCUUCAAGCUGAACGUGGACAGUCACUGUUCCCUGAAAGACUGUGUACUAAUACAUUGUGUCUGGUUCUCCAGAGCUUCAAGCUGAACGUGGACAGUCACUGUUCCCUGAAAGACUGUGUACUGGAAGAAGGCAGGCAGCUGCUGGAAGUCAUCAUCUCCCACAAAUCAGGCCUGAGGGACAUGCUCCAGAUGACCGUACACCAGUGGCAGGAGCUCCAGAGGCAGAUCCGUCGCCAGCACAGCUGGAUGCUGCGCACUCUGGAUGCCAUCAAAGCCCACAUCCUGGCCACUGAGGCUGAGGCCUCUCAGGAGGCAGAGACCACGGGUCCACUAGCCAGCCCCAAGGUGGAGUUGCUGCAGAGCCACCAUGAGGCCCAGAGGGAUGCCCUGGACCAGCUGAGCCUGAAGCUGAACAGCCAGCAGUACUGCACUGGCACCAAUAGGAGGACUGGGAGGGAGUACACACAGAUGUCCAAGAACAACAGUCUGCAGGAGUUUGAGUCAGAAUUCCAGGAGCUCUGGGAUUGGCUUAUGGACAUGGACUCGGUGGUGACGGACAGCUACAAGCUGAUGAUGUCAGAGGAGCAACAGCAGUAUCUCUACAAGGGGAACAGUGUAGAGAUGAGUAUGUGGCACCCUAAGAAGACACACCUCCUGGGCUGGGCCGAGAGCCUGCGGAGGAGCGGAGCACAGCUCCCCCCGGACUUCGACGAGCGAGUCAAUGCCAUGACACAGAAGUGGGACCAGCUGCAGAAGAUCCUGGGGGAGUCUGUGGGGAGCACCAGCCCAUCCCAGGACCCUCGCUCUGCCCUGUCCCCUCAUACCAGCAGCCUGCUGGGCCGGCUGGAGGGCAGGAUCAAGGAUCUGAAGGUGUGGCUGAGAGACACAGAGCUGUUCAUCUUCAACUCCUGUCUGAGGCAGGAAGCAGAGCAGGACCUGCAGGCCUCCACCCAGCUGCAGCACUUCAAGUCUCUGUGUCUGGAGGUACGUGGAAGGCGUAAGGGCGUGUCCUCUGUACUGAGGUUGUGCCAGCGGCUGCAGGAGCAGCAGAGUGUUUCAGACUCAGACCAACAGGCCCUGCAGCUUCAGCUGCUCACCGUCAACCUGGAGCGUCGCUGGGAGGCCAUCGUCAUGCAGGUGCUGCAGUGGCAGACACGCCUCCGGAGGUCCCUGGGGACAGAUCAGGUCCCGGGGAACCUUGUAGAGGCUGGUCUCAUGGACCUCCACGGCCCAGUAGAGGACUCCUGGGAGUGGGAUGAAAUGGACAUGACUAUCGUGGAGCACAUGGAGCCACAGGAAUUUGAUGACAAACAAAACGCUGAAUGUGAUUCAGGUCCAGGAUCCCCCGGGGCCAGUUUAGACUAUGACAAGUCCGAGGCGAGCCUGCAUGUUACUCAGCAAGGAAUAUUCUUGAGCGAAUCAUCCAGAGUGAUGCCUCUGUCUUCUCAGUGUCCCAGUGUCUAUCAGGUGUACAACCUGCAUAAUGUAGAGCUCUACAGACAGCCUCAAUUCCCCUCCGUACACAAGACCUCUUCUCCAGCCAAAGCUGGGAGAAAGCAGCCUCUUCUGAAGAGCCUGAGCAAAGACUCCUCCUUCUCAUCUGUGGAGUCCUUGCCAGACCUCCUAGGGGGACUGCUCGGCGGGGGGAUGCAUGGGGGCCGCGGCGAGUCUGCCCGCAGAUCAGAGAGCGAGAGCGGGAUAGUCAGCGAGGGCGACACAGAGACCACGGCCAACUCCGAGAUCUGUCUGGAAGACCCCAGGAGAAGGGGCAGCACCUCCCUCACACCGCCCACAGGAGACGACUCGCCUGGGGAAAAGGACGAAGAGAGGGACAGGGUGUGUGAUGAGGACAUUGACAGGAUCCUGGAGCGGGCCAACAAUGUAGCUCUGUAUGGGGACUGUGUGGCUGUCACGGCACUGAGAGACAUAGACAGAGACCAAAGUAGAUCCAAAGCAGGGAAGAAGAGGAGAGGAGGAGAGGAGGGAUGUGGAGGAGGGGAGAACUGGAGGAGACACAGGAGAGAGCCUGGUGUGGAGAUCCUGAUCAACGGACGUGGCUUCUGCCCUGACACCGAGGAAGAUGAGACUCACGAUGAGAGGAGAGUGACAGGAGGGAAGGGCCGUAGAGACGGAGAGAUUCCCCAUCUGUCCCAGGGGUCGUCCCUGGAGUCCCUAUAUGCAGCGGGGGAGCUAUUUCCAUCCUGCAAAGACACUCUGCAGCGCUCCAUGUCUCUAGAGAGCUGGCUGGCCCCAUGUAAGAGCUGGGAGAAGGCCGAGGGAGAGGGAGAUGGAGGCAGCCAGGGCAGCCUGAGGGAGCUGGGCCUGGGCAUCGGAGCCAUGGAGCCCACAGGGGAACUGAGCCGUAGGACUCUAGAGCUCCUCAAACGCCUGGAGAACAUCCAGACCCCACUACACGACCUGAAAAUGACACGCAGCAUCUCUGACAUCACCCUGCUGAGCAGCAAGUCCCUGCGCCUCCCGGGGGCCGGAUACGGAUCUGGGGGGCCCGGGCAUGCUGGGCGCCUCUCCGGGGGCCGGGGUGGUCCCCCCUCCUCAGUCAACGAGAGCUCGGCGGCGUCUCUGACGGAGCUGAGCAGCACGGAGGACUCGUCAGUGGGCUCUGAGGACCUGGCUGUGCUUAGGAACCGCUGCUGUCUGCUGGACUCCAAUGCCUCCUUCAGGAAGCACAACCACCGGGCCCAGCCGGGAGGUCAUCAUGGAGGUCACAGGGGUCAUGACGAGGCGGACGCCAGCAUCAGCAUGGUGGUCAACGUGUCGUGCACCUCGGCCUGUACGGACGACGAGGACGACAGUGACCUUCUGUCCAGUUCCACGCUGACCCUGACUGAGGAGGAGCUGGGUAUCAAGGAGGACGAGGAGGAGGACUCUUCAGUUACCUCUGAGGAGGAGUACACAGAGGGCUCCUUCGCCAUGGGCCUGGAGUACAUGAAGAACGAGUUCCACAACUGGAUCCAGAAGCCCUCCCGCUCCCAGCAGCAGUCCCAGUCCGGCUCCGGCAGAGACAAGAACCAAGGGGAUGACCCUCUAGGGGACGAGCUGCAGUGUGGCACCCUUUCCAGAGAUAACACUAGCAGGCCGUCUGUAGGCAACGAGCGCCACUCCUUCCUGAGCCCCACGGCGCUGAGGCUGCUUGAGUCCCACACCAACAGCAUCGUGAAAAAGGAGUGUCUCCAAGGGCGGGACGUGGUGGACACCAACAGGAAGAACGCCACAAGGAGCUACAUUAGCCAGUUUGUAGAUGACAUGGAGAACGGGAACGUGGACAACUCUCAAAUCAAAGGGAAGGAUGAGGACGAUGAGCUGUUGAGAGAGGAGGGGAGCCUCUUCACCAUGAAAGGGGAGUCCUUCAAAGAAUUCUAUGUGAACGAGUCAUCGAUGAAUGGAGGGGGGGACCAAAGAGGGGGUAUGAUCACGUCCACCACGCCGUCUUCAUGUGAGACGCUGUCCCAGCUCCAGGCCAAAGAGUCAUCUCUAGAGGGCCAGCUCCGAGGGGAGAUCCCCUGCCACAGCUCCAGCCACUCUUCCCCCUCUCUCUCUCCCCUGGAGGACUGCCGGGGGUCCCACCAACACCACAUCCUGCAGAGAACACCACACUCUGGGAACAACAGCCAGGAGAACCUCUUCUCCUCCUUCCUCAGUGAUGUCCACACCCAGCAGAGCAGACAAGAGGCCGGCUCCAACCCGGGCCCAGACCCCAACUCAGACCGCCCCUGCUGCAGCCACCCCCACCCCCAGCCUCCCCCACGCAAGGACCAGAAGAGUCAGGAGAACGUGCACAACUUUGUGAUGGAGAUCAUUGACAUGGCUUCUGUGGUUCUGAAGAACAAAGAGAGCCAGGCGGAAGACCAAGAGAGACCUGGACAGACUGGAGCCCAGAUCAGGGACAAGGUCCUGGAGCACUCCCACCGGCCCAUUCACCUCCGCAAGGGAGACUUUUAUUCCUAUCUGUCCCUCUCCUCCCACGACUCAGACUGUGGAGAGGUCAGCGUCUGCUUAGACAGCAAAAGCACCACCCCCUUACUGUCGACUACCCCAGACAUCCGGGACGAGGAGAUGCUGUUCGAGGCCUGCACUGAGGAAGUGUACCUGGGACCUCCUCUCUGCUACAGCAUGGCCAUCACCAAGAGGCCCAGGAGGCACAGUCCCAAACUAAUGGACUACUAUUCCUCCUCUCCCUCUGCCCAGAGUCAGAUCCAAGCACCUCUGCCUGCAUGCAAUGAAUACCAAAAAGCACAUGGUAUUUCUCCUGGAAGUAUAGCUGAGAGCCAGCUACAGUGCCAUAAUGAGGCUUCUUAUCUUAAUCCGUUACCAUGUGAAACUCUGAUAGACACUGUUGAAUGUUUAGCAGAUACUGAAAUGCUUGAAUCCAAUAUUUCCCCUGUAAUGACUAAGAUAAGAGUCUCUUGCUCCAGUACAAAUCCUUUAAAAGAGGAAGGCAGCCUCUGUAUUAAUCCUAAAAUUAACUGUCCCCCGAUAAGAAAGUGUGAUAGAGAUGAAAAAGGGCCUUCUUCACAGUGGAUGAAACAGAAGAGUGCCAGGAAAGGCCACAGCUCUCUUCAGGAAGUCAAGUCAACUCAUAAACAGCAACAGUCUCCAAGGUCAGGCGAAGGUUGUCGGGAGGUCGGGGGCCGGGGCCCCCAGGGUAGUGGCCCUGUCUCUGACGGCUCAUCUGCCUCAAAGACUAGAACCGCCAGGCCCCAGGUCAGGAGACAAUCAGGGAGUGUUUCCACAGUCACCUCCAAAACCCCUCUGUGAAGAGGAGUGAAGUGCCUGUGUGCAGUGUCCAUCCUGGUGGUCUGUGGCCUGGGCUGGGCUCUCUCCCCUGGUCCCCCUGUUCCCCUGGUGCAUGGCUCUGUCCAGACUGCUCUCCAGCUUCCUCCUCUUCCUCCUGGCUGCUGUAACGCUGACCCCUGACCUUUGACCCCCGCCGUCCUUUGCUCCUCCAAUCCUGUCCCAGACUGGAACUGAGCUACCUCACUGCUCUGCCGACCACCAUGCAAACCCCACGUCCAUUUCUCACCACACACACGCACGCACACACACACACACACACACUUAUUCCGCCAGUUUGCAUGGCAUUUCUCACUAUCUCAUCCGGUACUGUACAACCAGCUGCAGAUGUUAUAAGCCCAGGGCACAAGUUUUCCUUGUUUGCUGCAUCAGAACAAAGUAGGGUCAAAUUUGAAGAGGACACAUGGGGUGGAGGAAUCCUAUGAGAACAGCACUGCUGAGAGUUCCACAGAGUUCUGAGACUUCCAGCCCCAUGACAACGUGUGUUAAGAAAGAGAGAGAAGAGAGUGAUUGUGUUGUCACUCAACUGAUGAAGGAAAUGGAAGUUGGACCGAUGUCAUAAUGAAAGGCAAAAGCAAGUAGAUCUAUCUAUGCAACACGGCCCAGGUUGGAAACAGCUGAACAGUGUUGUGUAGUAUAAGAUUGAUGACGACUGUUGACUUAAAUUCAGUAUCUAUCUACCAUUUCCUUUUUUUUUAUUCCUAAGACAUAGAGGAACGUUACGAGGGAAGGUUUUAAACGUAAAAAAUGUGUGCCUUGCUAUUGUUGUUUCUUAUACCUUUUGUUAAAACACUGCUUACCCAGUUAGGUGUUCAAAAGAUGAAAGAAAAAAAGGACAACCGGCAAGGUUGAAACAGGCAUCUGUUUCUAUGUAUACGAUCUCCGACCUUGACGUAUAAUGAUGGUGUACAUGCUUUGUGUUUAGUGUAAAACUGUACGCGUUCUGUGAUGUGGAAUAUUAUGGGCCUUAAAGUGCUAGACUGCAUGGUUAAUAAAUAUACAAACAUGUUGAGAAAUAAACGUUAUUCAUUGGAAACCA